AUGUUCAUUUUAGAAUCGCACGUGUUCAUCGAAGACGAGCAGGAUACUGAUUAUGUCCAGCUUUGUUUACAGGCAGAAUGCUCGCGAUUGCCAUGGAUUGAAUUGUCUUGUGCAGAAAUACCUCCACUUAUUCUCCCUGACAGCAGUAAUGACAUCCCUGUGCCUAGAGAAUAUUUGUUGGAUGUCGUAGAGCUCUAUGAACUUCUGCGUAGUUAUUGGCGUACGUUACGGCUGUCGCCAUUUUUGUUUGAAGAUUUCUGUGCAGCUCUGUCCUCUUCGGAUAACUCACGCUUGCUCUCAGAAAUUCACAUUGUCCUACUUAGGAUGUGUUUUAAAAAUGAUGAUGAAGAGCAGGUUCACUUUUCUGGAAAUGAAACGAAUAAUGCGUAUAAUAUUAUUACAGCCUGUUUAGAACCAAUGACUUAUGCUGAAGUUCUUCGGCAGUACCUGUCCUGUGAUCCAAACGUUCCAGCUGAAGUUAUGGAAGCGGUCAAUGCCCCUAAUUAUCCUUUUGUAGAUUUUCCUACGCGUUUAGUUCUCAUAACAUUUCUCAGUUAUCGAUUUCUUUAUUCUAAUGAGUAUAAAAGAACGGUGGUGGCUACCGGUGGACGUCUUGAGACAUGCCGUGCAUGCAGCAAAGGUGGCGACGUUAUUCAAUGCGAUACAUGUGAAGCUGUUUUCCAUAUUGGCUGUGUCAGCCUUGAGCUUAAACCCGAUGAAUGGGUUUGUGAGCUCUGUGAAAAAAACAAGGUGCGGGGAGUGCAAGAUUGCUUACCAUUGGAUGAGUAUCCGUCAAAGCAGCCUUUGCGUAUGGAACCGAUCGGCCGAGAUCGCCACGGUAGAUUCUAUUGGUUUGUGGCAAGAAGAAUAUUUGUGCAUAAUAUAGAUGAAUCUGAUUUACGGUAUUAUUCAACAGCGCCGCAGUUUUAUCAGCUUGUGAAGCUGAUGGAUCCAUCGUUCUAUGAGUUUCAUCUGUGUAAGGUGUUUUUCGAAAGGUUAAGCGAUAUUCUCGAGCAGGUAAUAUCUAAACACCCACUGCUUAUUCAUUUUGACAACAGUAGGUCAUUCCACAAGUUUUUCUAUCAAACAAAUAACUCUGAAGAAGAGCCUUCGGGAGAGGAUGAAGAAGGAAAAUUUCAGGAGGCCAUGACCACUUUGAUUGGAUUAUCUCAUGGUCGCCUUGUAAAUAAUUUCUGGAGUGGCAAUGUGGAGGGUAGGUUAGACAUAUUUAUCUAUAAGUAUACGAACUUUUUCGUAGAACACAAGUUUGGCGAGCAUCCUAUGACAAAGAAGAAAAUGGUCGAUAAGAAGAAGUAUUUGUGUUCUAAGUUUUCGCUAUUGGAAGAAGGGGAAUGGUCUUUUGAGGUGAGCGAUGCUUCUUUCAUGCUUUUUCUAAAAAUUCCAAUAGAGCUGAUGCAGCGAAAAUGGCGGGAUCUGGAUUCUCCGACAACGUCAUGGCAGAAACUUCGGGAUCUACUUUUGCGGCUAGAGUGUGGCAUGCGACGCACCCUAUUCUUACCACAGUGGUGGAACAAUCUCGGUCAUACUCGACUAACACGCACUACUGUCGAAGACCGCGAACGCUUAGUGAAGGAAGCCCAACGAAGAAAGAAAGAAGAAAGGGGGGUAGAUGCUCUUGACGACGAGAUCAUUGUGGUAAAACACACAAGAAUGCCCCAUGGAAUCAGUCGCGAGCUGACCAGAAUGAGGGAUGAAAAAUAUCGCGUCUUUGGGCGAGGAGUUCUUGGGGGCUGGAUUUGGAUUUCGCGUACUCUGACGGUGACAAUAAACAAAAAGAUUACUCGACUCGAAGAGAUAGUAACACGCUUGAAACAGUGGAGAACGGAGCAGGAAAUGAUGUGCAAGCGUAAAAACAACUGUGUGUGCUACUCCCCGAGCUGUCGCAUUGGUAUCCCAUCUAGAACUACAGUUCCACGGAAAGGUGUUCUUGGAGAAGAUCUGCCUUGGCCAUUACCCGAUGUCAACUACUUUGUUUCGCGAGGAUCCAAGCGUACAAGUAUUUUCGUCGUACCACAAGUAACACUCCGACGUUUGGCGAAAACUGGAGGCCGCAAAGCGAUUUAUGUGCCGAGUUUUUCGGCAACAGCAAAAGGAAACUUGCAAUACUGGAACUAUCCCACGCCUCGUCCUUGUUUUGAUUUGUGCUGGAGAUGGCUAACUGUCAACUGCUCGUCGUUGCAAGCUGUCGCUUUACAGCUACGUAUAUUAUGGGCUUCAGUUCGCUGGCAGGAUAUGAAACCGGAAGAUGAUGACCCUGACAGGCGAGUCGUCAUUCAUUAUCCUGAUCGCGACGAACGUCGAUGGAUUUCUUUACACAAGGAGUACGCACCUCCAUGUAUUUAUGAGAGGUAUAUCAUCCUACUACUUCAGUUAUUCUUCCAAUUCUUUUAUCUUGAGUAUUUUUACUUUUUUUCUAAAUCGGUUGGUACCACGACCUCCAUCAAAGACACGUGGGCAUUAUAUGAAGUAAAUGAUAUCAUGAUGACUGAGGUUGGGAGGCUUUAG